AUGGUAGAGAAAGGAGCAGAGAUUCUAUUCGAGGAGAGCAGCAUCAGCAAUGGUGUCCUUAAAAAUGCCUCCAGCAGAACCACUAUUGCGGCGAGCGUUCGCGAAGUCGAUGGGCUGGUGGUGCUGGGGAUGAGCCAAGAUGAUUUGGACUUUUACGAGGCGUUCACCCCCCAAAAGAGAUCGAGACUGAAUCGCAAGAUUGACAUUCGCAUGCUCCCCCUUCUGGCUCUCCUGUAUCUGGUCUCAAGCCUGGAUCGGGCGAACAUAGGAAACGCGAAGAUCGAGGGCCUGGCUACAGACCUGAAUCUCUCCGACAUCCCGAGCAACAUCAUCCUUAAACAGAUCAAGCGGCCAUCAUGGUUCCUCGGUGCGAGCGCCAUCACGUUCGGCUUCAUCAUGGCUAUGCACGGAGUUGUCCAGAGCUUCACCGGCCUGGCCCUGUGCCGCUUCCUGCUGGGCGUCUUUGAAGCGGGAUUCUUCCCAGCCGCGACCUACCUCGCCUCGGCGUACUACCUCCCGCGCGAACUGUCGCUCCGCAUCGGCGCCUUCUACUGCACGGGUGCCAUAUCCGGCGCCUUCGCGGGCCUCCUCGCCGCCGCUAUCACGCAGAUGGACGGGGUCGGCGGGUAUGAAGGGUGGAGAUGGAUUUUUAUCAUCGAGGGCCUAAUGACUAUCGUCAUCGGCAUAAUCACGGUCUUCUUCCUGAUCGACCUGCCUUCGAGCUCGACCCGGUGGCUCAGCCCCGAUGAGCUGCGGUUCCUCGAGGUCCAGCGGAAGCUCAAGCAGGGCGGCCUCAACGCCGACGGGAGUGAUGUCGAAGGCGGUGAAUUGGGCUUCCAGUGGUAUCAGCUGAGGAUGGUCUUGACGAAUUGGAAGAACUGUCUCUUGGCCCUCUGUCUGGCGUGCCAUGCUGUCGGUUUCUAUGGAGUCAAGUUCAACCUACCCACACUGACAAAGUCCAUGGGGUUCACCAGCACGAACGCUCAGCUGUUGAGUGUCCCGCCUUAUAUCCUGGCCGCCAUCACAUGCGUGCUCAUACCGCACCUCUCCGACCGUUACGGGGCCCGAGCUGCUUUUAUCAUACCAUGCUUCUUCGCCAUGGCCCUCGGCUUCGCCGUCGUCAUGUCCUUCGAGGGCGACCUCCACGGCUCUCACGUUGCUCCCGCCUACGUUAUGAUGUGCGUCGCCAUCAUGGGCCUCUUCUCGGCCUGUCCCAUGCUGCUCACAUGGGGCACCAACAACACCGCCCCCGCCGGCCGGCGAGCGAUGAUCUCGUCGAUGUUGACCUCCGUCGCAAACUUUGGCGGCAUAGCGGGCAGUUUCAUGUUCCUCGACAGGGAGGCCCCAGUAUACCACACCGGGUACGGGCUGGCCGUAGCCACGGGGGCCACCGGUAUGAUCGGCUCGACCGUCCUGUACUUUUCCUGGCGGCGGCUGAACAGAAGACGGUCGGGCGUCCACGAGGACCAAGUGCGGGAGAAGCACACUGACAUGGAGCUCCUGCGCCUCGGGGACAGGAGCCCCUUGUUCAGGUACCAACUGUGA